UACCGAUACAAUAAUGGUGACAAUGGGGUGGAUAGAGGAUACUUUCUGAGGACAGUCUGUGUGUCACACUUUGUCACUUACACAUAAGAUGCAUCAUGUAAACCGAAGAAAUACCUUACCUAGAUUACACUCUGGUGCAGCUAUGGCAUCAGACAGGAUAGAUGCCCCAGAGCUUCCUGAUUUCACCAUACUAAAAAGGUUAGCUCGAGACCAGCUAAUCUAUAUUCUGGAGCAGCUUCCAGGAAAAAAGGAUUUGUUUAUUGAACCUGACUUGAUGAGCCCGCUUGAUCGGAUUGCUAAUGUCUCAAUAUUAAAGCAACAUGAUGUUGAUAAACUAUACAAGCUGGAGAACAAACCUAUUUACAGCACCUGUGACCAAUUGUGCUUUUUGAUCAGACCACGUAUCAAGCAUGUGAAGUACAUUGCUAGCAUUGUACAUUCAGAUAAGUCUGCUGGGAAGAGUAGAAAAUACAAGAUUAUAUUUAGCCCUCAGAAGUUUUAUACCUGUGACAUGGUGCUAGAACAAGAAGGAAUCUUUGGAGAAGUUACCUGUGAUGAAUGGUCAUUUUAUCUGCUUCCACUGGAUGAUGAUAUUAUCAGUAUGGAACUGCCAGAAUUUUACCGAGAUUAUUUUCUUGAAGGGGAUCAGAGAUGGAUUGGAACAGUGGCCAGAGCACUUCAUUUGCUGAAUUCAAUCUUUGGGCCAAUUUCAAAUGCGUAUGGGAUAGGAAGGUGUUCUAAGAUGGCUUAUGAGGUAUGGAGAAAACUGCUGGAUGAUAAUGAAGGGGAUCAAAAAAACAGAAAACCAGAGCUUGCACUCGUCUUUAUGAUUGACAGAGAUGUGGACUAUGUAACGCCCUUGUGCUCUCAGGUUGUGUAUGAAGGACUGGUUGAUGAUAUUUUUCGUAUCAAAUGCGGAAGUGUUGAAUUUGGACCAGAGGUCACUUCUUCAGAUAAGAGUAUAAAGGUUCUGCUCAAUUCUCAAGAUAAGGUCUUCGGUGAAAUUCGGAAUGAACAUUUCUCUAAUGUCUUCAGCUUCCUGAGUCAGAAAGCACGCAACCUGCAAACACAGUAUGAUAAACGCAGAGGAAUGGACAUUAAGCAAAUGAAAACAUUUGUUGCCCAGGAGCUGAAGGGAUUAAAACAAGAGCAUCGCCUGUUGACUUUGCAUAUUGGUGCCUGUGAAUCCAUCAUGAAGAAAAAAACGAAGCAGGAUUUUCAAGAGUUGAUGAAAACUGAACAUUCAUUACUGGAAGGAUUUGAGAUUCGAGAGAGUAUCAGUUUUAUAGAAGAGCACAUAAACAGGCAGGUUUCCCCCAUUGAAAGUUUACGUUUGCUUUGUCUCUUGUCAAUUACAGAGAAUGGUUUGAUCACAAAAGAUUAUCGGUCACUAAAGACUCAGUACUUACAGAGUUAUGGCCCAGAACAUCUGCUCACCUUCUCUAACCUAAAGCAGACGGGCCUCCUUACAGAACAAGUACCUGGUGAGGCACUCACUGCAGUAGAAAGCAGAGUCAGCAAGCUGGUCACAGACAAGGCCGCAGGAAAAAUUACUGAUGCUUUUUCAUCUUUGGCAAAAAAGAGUCAUUUCAGAGGAAUUAGCAAAAGGCUUGGUUUGAUUCCCAGAGUGGAUGGAGAAUAUGACCUUAAGGUACCAAAGGACAUGGCGUACAUCUUUAGUGGUGCCUACAUCCCACUAAGCUGUAAAUUAAUAGAGCAGGUUUUGAACCGUAAAGGUUGGACAGGCCUGGAAGAAGUCACCCGUUUACUCAAUGGCAAUGAGUUUGCAGAGCAACUCUCAGAAAAGGUUUCAAGUCCAGACUCCCAAAGGGUCAUCCUGGUCGUUUUCCUUGGGGGAUGCACUUUCUCAGAAAUAUCUGCUUUGAGGUUUCUAGGAAAAGAAAUGGGUUGUAGAUUCAUCUUCUUAACUACAUCAAUCAUGAACAGUGCACGUCUGCUGGAGGCAAUGAUUGAAAAUAAGUCUUGAAUUUGUAUUAAGUAGGGGGAUAUAUUGGAGGUUUAUACAUUACUGUGAAAUCCAACAUCUUGUAUGUAACAAUGUAGAUUUUUCUAAACCCUCUAUGAGGUUUAAUGUAUAUAUUUUUGACCAACUAGUUCAAAUCAUAUUUUAAGUGAAAUGCAUCUCCCCUACCAUACCCUGUUGGACCUUGGAGCCUUGUACUAUGUAUCUCAGACUUUCCUCUGAAACAGGAAAGAUUGUCUACAUUUUAACCAAGAAAAUACAUCCUUUUGUUUUACCUUACAAAUGCAUGCACUUCUAUUUCUAUACUUAAUAUUAAAAUCAAGAUUUUGUUUUGCCUAAAA